AUCGCAGAUCCUUUCGAGUCUCGAAAAGCUAGAGAGUUCCAAAAGGCUUUAGAGAGAGAGAGUAGUUACUGAGUAAGUGAGUGAGUGAGUGAGUGAGUGACUCGGUGAGUAGGAAGUGGAAAGAUGGCGACAAGUGAGGCAAACGCAACUCGGAUUAUGUUGGCAGUGAACGAGUCAACGAUUAGAGGGUAUCCUCACGCUUCGAUAAGUAGCAGAGGAGCUUUCGACUGGACUCUUCAGAAGAUCGUUCGAUCAAACGCUUCCGAUUUCAAGCUUCUGUUCCUUCAUGUUCAAGUUCCGGACGAAGAUGGGUUCGAUGACAUGGACAGCAUAUAUGCCUCUCCUGAAGAUUUCAAGGCCAUGAAGCACAGGGACAGGAUAAGAGGGCUUCAUCUGCUGGAAUACUUUGUCACAAGGUGUCAUGAGAUUGGGGUUGCUUGCGAAGCUUGGAUCAAGAAAGGUGAUCCAAAGGAAGUUAUCUGUCAUGAAGUGAAGAGGAUCCAACCUGAUCUCCUUGUUGUGGGUAGUCGAGGACUCGGUCCUUUCCAACGGGUUUUUGUUGGAACUGUGAGUGAAUUUUGCGUGAAGCAUGCUGAGUGCCCUGUUGUAACGAUCAAGCGUAGACCAGACGAAACACCACAGGACCCUGUUGAUGACUAAAUUUGUUUCUAUGGCUGUGGAUUUUCUCAUUGUGUUACAGAUGAAACUCCACAGCACCCUGUUGAUGACUAAAUUGGAUUUUUUUUUUCAUUGUGUUUAUUGCCUUAAGACUCUGGAGCUACCUAAUCAUACCAAAUGAGUUGGGGAUAGCAAAUGAGUUGCUUUUGUUUUGGGAAACAUACCCUGUCGAUGUAUUCGAUAUAUGGAAAAACAACUGCCAUUCGUCUGGUCUUUAUAUAUGGUUCUGUGUGAUUGAAUUACUUGCAAAAACAUUUCUUUUGUCCUUUUAUUUUUCUGUAUAAAAUUCAAAUAUCUCCAAGCCAU